GUCCCAGGAGCGGACAAACAGGACAGAAAAGUCACUCAGUUCCUCACCCUGGGAUGAGUUCCAUUCAGCAUCCAUAUGCACAGCGCAGCCUCUGAUUAACUGCUGCAGAAUCGCCGUUUAUUUAUAAAAUAACUAAAUAUGGCAUUGAGAAUCACAGGCUUGUCCAGUUCUGUUUUACUCGGAUGCGUUAUCAUUUUCAGCACCGCGCUCUAUCCUGUCGACUCUUACCUCUACAACAACCGUUACGUUGGUGAUCAAGUGUUCAGAAUAAUCCCCAGCAGCAACACAGAGGUUCAAGCAGUCAAACAGCUUUUCCAAAACCUGACGGUGGACCUUUGGCAGCCCAACAGUGCAUCUCUGAUUCGAGAGAACAGCCCAGUAGACGUUCAUGUGGGACGAAACAAGACGCAAUGGCUGAGAAGACAUCUUCACCAAGCGCACAUCCACUAUGAGGUGCUCAUUUCCAAUCUCCAAACCGAAAUUGAGAAACAGACCGGAUACCGUUCCUCCAGGAAGCGCAGAUCAGAAUUGCAGUAUGACUAUGAAGUGUACCAUCCUUUGGAAGAGAUCCAGAGUUGGAUGUUUGAGAUGAACCGGACCCACCCGCACCUGGUGGACCUGUUUUCUAUUGGUCAGUCCUAUGAGGGACGACCCCUCUAUGUGCUCCAGGUAAAAGCUGAAGGGAAAGAUGGCUAAAACUAUGGCCAUACUGUUUAAAAACACAGACAGACAUUCUGACUUACUAGACGGUGUUUUCUGCCCCUCUUCUGUCAGUUAGGAAAGAGAGCACGUCCCUUUAAGAAGGCAGUGUGGAUAGACUGUGGAGUGCAUGCAAGAGAAUGGAUUGGUCCUGCUUUCUGCCAAUGGUUUGUUAAAGAGGCACUGAACUCCUAUCAACACGACUCCAGCAUGAGACGACUGAUGAAUCAGCUCAAUUUCUACAUUAUGCCUGUCUUCAAUGUAGACGGUUACCAUUACAGCUGGAAGACGGACCGCUUUUGGCGGAAAACACGGUCAAAGAUUCCAAAGUAUCAUUGUCGGGGAGUGGAUGCCAACAGAAAUUGGAAAGUCAAAUGGUGUGAUGAGGGUGCAUCCCUGCACCCCUGCGAUGACACAUACUGCGGUCCCUUCCCUGAGUCAGAGCCUGAGGUCAAAGCUGUUGCCAAGUUUCUACGCAAACACAGGAAACGGGUCAAGGCCUACAUCUCGAUUCACGCCUAUGCUCAGAUGCUUCUUUAUCCGUAUUCCUACAAAUAUGCCACUAUACCAAACUUCAACUGUGUGGAAUCAGCAGCCCAGAAUGCAGUGAGCGCUCUGUAUUCGGCUUAUGGAGUGAGAUACAGAUACGGCCCUGCCUCCACCACGCUUUAUGUGAGUUCUGGAAGCUCAAUAGACUGGGCCUAUAAGAACGGGAUCCAGUAUGCCUUUGCCUUCGAGUUGCGUGAUACGGGCUACUACGGCUUCUUGUUGCCGGAAGCCCUGAUUAAUCCCACCUGCACGGAGACAAUGAGAGCAAUAAAGACCAUCGCCUCAGGCCUGCUGAAGAAGUGUACCAAAUGAAACUUUUUACUUGACUUUCACACUUUGUCUCAUAUCUUCUCUCCGUCGAUUUCACAGUUUAGCCCAUAAGCCAUAGCAAUAUCUACUAGCUAUGAACAAAAGUGCCUGCAUUUUACAAAACAUUUUUUUUUUUAUUAGAAACUAAGACUCAUUUAUUUUAUAAACUACUUUUAUAAACUCUACACUAUGGAAGCAAAGUCCCUUUCAAGGAAAGUCUGUUCACUCGGCGGCCAUAUUUGCAACGCCUCAAUGCAGCUAAUUCGGGCAUCCAAGACCAAGUCCUAUCUAUUUGAAUGGGGGAAUCCUGAAAUCUCAAAAACUGCUUGCCGAACUCACAAUUAAAUAACAUAUUUCAAAUCAGCAACAAAAUCUGACAUGGACUAUGCCAUAAAUGUUGUUUCUUAUGCUCAAAUAGCGUUAAAAAAUCUUAAUUUUCAGGCUAGACGAGCCAAUGCGCAUGUGCAGCCCUAGCGCGAGUCUAAGGUUUCUAUGGAAACCGGAGCUUCUAAUGGCAGCUGCAGUGACGCAAUAAUGUUUCUACCAAUCAGCGAUUUGCUCUUUUAUUUGGAAGGCGGGACGCCAUAUUGCGCGUUGCAGUUUCUCCCAUUCAGAAGUAAGAGGAGUGAACCGUCUUUCCAUAUCUAUAGUCUUUGAUGGAAGCUUGGUUCCGCCAUAGAAUAAAAAAGGUAAUUGCUACUUUAUCUCACAGUAAGAAAAAAAAGUAAGAAAAAAACUUUUUUUUCCCGCAAUUCCAAGUUUAUAACUCACAAUUCUGACUUCUUUUCUCGCUAUUGCAAGAAUUGUAUGGCAGAAUUGUAAGAUAAAAAGUCGCAACUACAAGCUUUCAUACUACGUUAUAUUAAAAAAUGGUAUACAUGUAAACAGUUAAGUAUGCAAGCACUUGAAUUGUGAACUAAAUAACCUUUCUAGAAAGUGGGUUUUACCUAAGAGGCGAAUAUACAGUGAGCACUUGCUAUACAGUUAAAAAUAACAGUAAUGCCCAAAGAAUGUAAAUAUUGCAUACUGUAUCUUACAAUGGGUUUAUUUUAGUGUGUAUCACUGCAGCUAAAAGACAGCUUUGAUUUUGAAAGGUCACAUGGGAACUCAACCUUUCAAAUGAGCCAGACAAAAAUACAUUAAAUUUGUUGUUUUUUAAUUUGUUUGAAGAACAGCUUGACAAAGUAACUUUACCUUGUAUAAUUAACUGUACGUGCAGGGGCAAUGUUUACAUUUGUAUUAUUAAGUACUAUCACGUUUUGGAGUUUUAUUGUAAUAAGCUAGUAUUUAUUUUUUAAACGAAAAUAUCCUUUGUUAUAUAUAAAGUGUCUUGCAAGUUGGCAUUUGAGAUUUGUUUUCAUUGUACACGGA